GUCAAAAAAGUCUUUUCUUUCUGAAGUUACUGGCAAUGGGAGUUUUACGGAAUAUAACAGAGGCUCUAAGCCUUUCCUCGGUGCUUCCUGGCGGUCCUAUUGGCACUCUUUUACCGUCUCUCAUACCAUCGCUUCCGCCAUCAUUCUCACCGUCAAGCGUUGUCGAAAUUCCUGGAUUUCCCGACUUUCUUCCUUCAAACACCACCGACCAAUUUCCAUGGGGAAACCGCACAGCGAAAAUUGAUCCUCACGCAGAUAUUCCUAGUACAGGAAUUACGCGAUAUUACAACUUGACAGUAUCUCGAGGGGUGCUGGCACCAGAUGGUUUUGAAAAAUCCGGAAUUUACAUCAAUGGCCAAUUCCCCGGCCCAGCUAUCGAAGCCAACUGGGGAGACAUGCUUGAAGUCACAGUGCACAACCAAAUCUCUGGGCCGUCUGAGGGCACAUCAAUGCACUGGCACGGUUUAUCUCAAAACGGCACACAGUGGUCUGACGGAGUUCCCGGUGUCUCCCAAUGCCCUAUUGCCCCAGGAAAUUCAUUUACCUAUCGUUUCAGAGCCGACGUCUAUGGGACAUCAUGGUAUCAUUCCCAUUUCUCAGCACAAUACACCGCAGGUGCUUUCGGGCCCAUGAUCAUCUACGGUCCAAAACACGUCCCCUACGACAUCGACAUUGGGCCCGUAGUAUUAGGAGACUACUACCACCGGGACUAUUUCUCCGUUAUCGAAGACGUUGCUGGUACUAACCCAGACUUUAAGGUCUUCGUCCCUUCGUCUGACAACACCCUCAUCAAUGGCAAAAACAACUACAACUGUUCCAUGGCACCAGCCAAUUCUACUUGCUUUCCCAACGCCGGACUUGCCAAAUUCAAUUUCCAAAGCGGCAAAACUCACAGGCUCCGCCUGAUCAACGCUGGCGCGGCGGCUUUGCUACAUUUCAGCAUCGAUGGACACGCUAUGCAGGUUAUUGCAAACGACUUUACGCCGUUGAUUCCCUACGAAGCAGACGUUAUCACCCUGCAUUCUGGUCAGCGAACGGACGUCUUGGUCACAGCACCAGAGGAACCACUCGACGCGUACUGGAUGCGCUCUACGAUCUCCCUGAAUUGUUCUGUUUCAACGACAACUAAUGCACUUGCCGUAGUUCUCUACGAUGAUGCAAGUGAAUUCACGCUUCCCAAAACAGAGAAGAGCGCUGCUGCGGCUGUUGCUGAUAGGAAGGAUGUUCUCUGUCAGAAUGAUCCACUACACAUGACUGUCCCAUGGGCACCUAUUCCGAUUGACCCUGAGCCCGACAUCACCGUCACUGUCGAAGUCGAUCUGGUCACCAACGCCACGGGGUCUCAUAUUUGGACAAUCAACAAUCGCACGCAGUACACAGACUACAAUGACCCGGUUCUUAUGCUGGCGAAUCAAGGUAAUUUUUCAUAUCCCGACCCAGAGUGGAUGGUCUGGAACAUGGGCAAGAGCAAGACCGUCCGCAUCGUCAUGAACACGGUAUACCAAUCUCCGCAUCCAAUGCAUUUGCACGGCCAUAGCUUUGCCGUUCUCUCAGCAGGCCAAGGCCCGUGGGACGGCAAAACGAUAAUAAACCCGACAAACCCCGUGCGGCGAGACAUCCACACGCUGCCGCGCUACGGGCAUCUCGUCAUCCAGUUCACGGCAGACAAUCCGGGAAUCUGGUCAUACCAUUGCCAUAUCGCGUGGCAUUCGGCCACGGGAUAUACGAUGCAGAUUGUCGAGAGGCCAGGGGAGUUUUAUAAUCCUGAGCUUCCAGGCAUUAUGGACCAGACGUGCAAGGCGUGGGACAAAUACACUCAGGGGCAUAAAGUAGAUCAGAUCGACAGUGGGAUAUAGAUUUCCUUUUUAGAACAGCUUUGGCGAAUCGAUGUGUGGGAUUUUGGUCUCCUCGAUGAAUUUGGGCGGUUUUCUGGUUAGCAUUGGCGUUGGAUAACCAAUAUACUCGGAUAUUCUGUUUUUUUUUUUUGGCGAUG